AUGGUAAACUGUUACUGGCAUGUACAACCUCAUAAUGAGCUUGAGCCUGAACUAAAAACUUCUAACAACGAUUUUUUGUCUUUUUUACAGGCUAUGAGGAUAAUUACAACUAUUCUCUAUGAAAGGAAGUUCACAACAUCAACAGCAUUAUAUCUUGCUACUGUUUUACUUAAUUCAAUAGAGAAUGAGCUGGCAAUAUUAAAGCAAGACGUUUAUAAUCCUGCAUUAGUUGAUGCUUCAUUAAUUAAACUCAAAGAGCUAACUGUUCAUAGUUAUGAUGUUUGUUUAAAAGAAAAACGAAAUACUAGAUCAAUAAAAAAUGUGAUGCUUGUGGAUCUUUUGCAAAAUGAUCUUCAUUCAGUAAAAGCUUACAUUAAUACUACUAAUGCUGUUACCUCUAUCCCUAUAUUCUGUUGGUGGCUAAUUGACCUGGUCAAAUUUUCUUAA